AUGGUUCUGGAGGGUAACUCUUCACUCCUUCUGGCGGUGUGCGAGGAAAACCCAUUCGCAGCGAGCAGAGUUGAGCUUGUUUAUUCAGCAACUCCUAGCCCAAGGAAAUACCGUCAGUCUCAUUGCGCUUUGGUUGGCGAGGCUGAGGUGGCGGACAGGUCAAAACAUCACUCAUUACGGGGAAUGCUGCUUAAUUCGUUCACGGUGGACAAUGAUGGAAUUCAAGCUGCAAUUUUUGGCAUCAGCUGGGCCGGAUCCUCAACCAAAAGCGUCAAGACAGAGCGAUUAUUGGCUGGUUUGUUCGUCGAGCCCGAUAACGGAUUAACAAGAAUCGCAAGUCAAUUGGCAAGCUCAGAAAACAAAUGA